CGUCUCCUCUAGCAUGACAGAAAGUAUAUUUGUUAACAAAUGAAAGAAAUAUUUUGAACAUUUUAAUUUCUAUAGGAAUUUUUCAUUGGUGAAGACUUACCUGCGACGAUUCCUCAUUGAUCAACCUGUCAACGUUGGCCUGUCAUAAUAACCAUUGAUUAGGAAGGAGUAAUUACAACGUUAGAUAGCACUCGAAUUGACGACAAUCGUCGUUCGAAACAUCAGGGACUUAUGCGUUUGAGGAAUGUGUUGAACUGUUCUAACUUUGAAAAUCCACUGGAUGAUGUGUGAUAGACAGUAUAACAUGAGUAUUGUGUGGAGUUUGGAGUUCCUGAGUGAAUUGUAACGCUUCAGAGGUAUUUCAAAACGUCGGGUACCAGGCGAACAGGAGCUUCAGUCGAUAAUGGAUUCACUAUCGCUGAAUUAUUUUCCAUUCUUCAAUUUGCAAGUGUUCCCACCAAUUUUCAAAAACUUUCACUUCCAUAAUUGCAAAAUUGAGUUGCAGAAUGCAUAUCAUGAAAGGGCGGGAAUAUUCCAUUAUUUUUUUUUGCGACGAGUGCUGGAUUUCUUUUUUUCAACACCUGUUGAUUUCUUUGUAGCUCUUUUGAUUGCAGCAAUUAUAGCAGUGGCUGGGUAAAUGCUCACCCUCCAAGGAAAGUAAAAUGCAGGUGGUGAACUGAGGGGACGAUAUUUUUUCAACCAGGAAAGCAUAUCGCGAAAAAAUAACUGUCGAGAUAUUCCCGUGUUUUCUGCGAUUCAAAGUGAUGUGUAAGCAGAAAUGCUUAGAUUCUAUCAGGGAAACAUGACCUUCGAAGAGGAUUCUGAUGAUGAUAGGUGACACUUAGGAGAGCCUGGGAGACACAAUAUUCCUCAAAUGCUCAAAACCUGAGAAUAAUUAACAAUUCGCUAUCAAUCCUCCAGUAUCCAGUAUAAUUAUAAAACAAACAACUGUAAUCAUCUCCUGAGCAAAUAGUUUAUGAGGAAGAAUGAGUAUUUUUUCAACGAUAAUCUCCAUCAAGUAGAGGCUGCAAAAAAAUAUCGUAGAUAGGAAGUUGAGGUCUCGACAAUCAAGAAAAGAAACCGGAGUGCGUUGUUGACAUACCGGAGAAGUCUUCGGUGAAAAAAUAGAGGCAAAAAACCUCGAGCAUUCGAGCCGGUUGGCGUCACCUUCUAAACUCGGUCAUUGCAUCACUUUGCCACAUUGUUUGAACAAUUACCAACACAAGAGCUCAUUACACCUGCAGUUCUCUGAAUCCCCUCGAUUCCUCAUCAAUUUUCAUUUUUUCUGGACCUUCUGAAUUCCCCGUGAACAUCUCUCGUUCUUGUUUACAAAAUAAAUCGACGAAGAAAAAAUAAAACCGUUGGAAUUGCAGUAUUGGCAGCACUGUACAUUCGAAAGCACCAGUGCAAAAUGUUCUGAAAUAGUUUAGCGUUCACCUUGAAUUAUUACACCGAGAGUAUUCAUCAGAGGUCUUUCCCAUAAUUGUACAGGAUGAAGUGGGUGUCGAAACAAAUAGCUCUUCCACUGGUGAUUGGAAUGUCAUUGACUGGUGCUUGUGUUGGAGUAUUAUAUUUAUUAUACAAAAAGGAUGGGGAGAAGAGCAUUAGGUCUCGUCCCAGGAAACACCUUUACACAGCAGAGGUGAAGGUUCCAAAAGCUGCAGUUCCAGCAAUAAUAGGACGUGGAGGAAGUACAGUGAAAGAUAUUGAGAGUAGAACAUCAACGAGAAUUCACUUCAGCGAGGACAAACUGGAGGAGUCAGAGAGGAUCUGCUACAUUCGAGGUGAAAUCGAGGAGACGAGAUUGGCUGAGCAGAUCAUCCAGAAUCUCAUCAACAAUCAGCCUGUCAUCGAGGUAUACGAAAUGCUCGCACCACAGAAAUUCUGCUCUUCUUUACUUGUUAAUAGGAGAGUCGAGGUCAUCCAGUCUUUCGCCAAUGCCAAGAUCAUCAUGGAGAAGUUGUACACUCGUGAUCCAGAUGCGAAGAGACGAGUCAUUAUAAAGGGAACUGCCGAGCAGAUUGCAACAGCUCUGACUGAAAUUCAAGAGAAACUCCGAGAUUUUAAUGACAUGGAGGAGAAAAUAAAAUUGGGGCAGUCCUCAAGAUCUCCACGAGGAAAAAUUUCUCCGAGGAGUACAGCCAGUACCACUGGGUCUAAUGAGAGUCAAGUAACACCUGGAGAAACGUCUGGAGUCAGUGAGGGCACGAAAGAAGUUUAUGUGAGUGCGACAUUCUCCCCAAGUCAAUUCUGGGUCCAAGUUGUCGGCCCUGGCACUCUAGCCCUCGAUGAUUUGGUCAAGGCUAUGACUGAUUACUACAAUGAUGAAGAAAAUCGAGAGCUCCACACUCUAAUUCACAUUUCGGAGGGGGAAACAGUGGCGGCUAGAUUCGACUUCGACAACUGCUGGUACCGCGCCGAGAUCACGUCCUCCAUCGGGAAUGGCCAGUACGAGGCCUUCUUCUUGGAUUAUGGAGAUCACUCAGUAAUAUCUGUCACAGACAUCCUCGAGCUUCGAACCGACUUCCUGAGCCUUCGCUUCCAGGCCAUCGAGUUCUCUCUGGCCAACGUGAAGCCCAAAGAUGAGGAGUGGAGCCAAGAGGCGUGCGACAGAUUUGAGGAAUUGGUACAUUCUGCCCAGUGGAAGGUGCUAAUUACCAAAGUCCGUGGUUUCAAGGAACGUGCCUUGGGUCAGGGAAUGUCCAGGAGGGAAGGAUCACCCAUUCCUAGUGUUGAUUUAUUCGAUAGGAAUGAUAAUCUGGAUGUGAAUAUCGGAAAGCAACUGGUGAUGGAGAAUUUGGCAGUACCAAUCGAAGACAGUUGGUCAGCUGCCAGUUCAACUCUAUCGUUAUCCAGACCAAGUCAGGACAGUUCGAGCCCCACGUCAUUAAAAUCUCCUCUGCCCCCGAGAUCCCAUAAAAUAAUACCAGAUAAACAGCCUGAAGUCAUCGAAGAGAUCGAUUUGAUUACUCCUAAGAAACAGAGGGUCCCCGUCGAGGAAGUCGAUCUCGUGACACCAGUGAAGGAUUCUACAGCAAAUUUAAUCAAGUCUGAAGGCCAGUCGACGUACACCAAUGGAAAUGAACAAAAAUUGAUUUCAAAUUCCCAGUGGAACUCCAGGAACGCACCUGUUCCAGCAGGCUACGAGGCCGAUGACGAUGAGGACGAUAGCCUCGAGAUGUUCUAGAGUGUACAAAUCAAAUCGAUACCUCAUUGACAUUCUAUCACACCUCGCUGGACGAGAGAAAAACUAUUAAAAGUUGACAUCGCUAGUUCAGAGUUUAUAGUUCCGAGUUUCCUUCCUCGUAUUCUAGUUUCCUCGAUAACAAGUAUGUGACUUGCGUCAGGAAGUUAAUCUCUUCUCGCUGAGUUCUGCAAAGACCUGUCACGUUCAUGAUAAAAAGUAAAUAUUUGCUUUUUCCAUUUCGCACGAGAUUUAUUUUCGGUUGGAGGAGUUAUGCAACGAAAUCGUUUAGGUUGUGUUCUAUCUCAUUAGUUUAUUUUUCACUCAUACUCAAAUUUAUUCAUUUUUAUUUUCAAUGGCCAUCGAGGAUCGAGAUUUCUACGAGAACUCAUCGAAACAAGACUUGUUAAUCGUUAGUACAAAAUGUUAAAGCUAAUAUUUUCUGUACAGUUGAGUCAUUUAAAAAAAGCGAAAAAGCUUCAUUUCUUUAUUUUGAUUUUCAUUAAACUCAAAGAUGACUAUUUUUAUAAAAAAGAA